AAUUCCUAAACAAUCCGUGUUGAAUCAAGCAAACUCUGUACUCUGUGCCAACUGCCUUUCAGCGAGAUACAGUUUUGUGUUGUAUAUAAUGAAGUGCUGAACUUGCGAAACUUAUUAUUUGAAAGCCAAAUCGCUAAGGUUAAUGCGGCUGCUGUGUAUUUUAGUAACGGGCCUCUGGCUUGUAAAGCAAAGCCACUGCUCAUUGGCAGAAGAGAAAAAUUCGUUGAAUCAGCUAGAAGACACAACAGCGGCGACCAAGGAUGCACUCUUGAAAGAAGUUUUGCGAUCGCUGAAAAAUAAACUAGACAUCCAGGGUCACGGCAAACAGCACUUGGAAAUGUGGCUGUUGUCAAGAAUUGGAGAGUUGCAAAAGAAAGGGAAGGAUGACGAAAUUGCUGAGACUUUGAAGACAUAUUUAGACGUUAAUAAAAGGACUGCAAAUACGGCCGCCUUAGAAAAGUGGAAAAAAGCGACAUUCAGUGAAACCAAAGAUGACCCAAGUCUUGAGGCGGAAAAACCAAAUCCGCAAAACUUGUUUUUCAAUCACCAGCAAAAACUCCAAAACAAAGACAAACAGAAAACACCUGUCACAGUGAGGCGAAGCGAGACGCAAAAUUUUCCCGGAAACAAUUUAAAAUCGGGCACUCUUGCGAAAAGAGAGAAAGCAAUUAACGUGGAGGCCAAACUGAUGAACCACCACAUGAUGAAUUUAGUCAGCGUCAGAAGCGCUGAGGUUAGCAAAAAACUCAAAGCAAGAAAGAGAAACGAACGCGCAGGUGGCUUUUGGGCUAAUGGUCACAAAACAAGCUACAAGCAAAAGUGAUAAUUUUGUAUUAAACUUGAAUUUUGAUAUUACAAUUGCACCUGCAUGGUUUAUGUACAUCCAAUAAAGAGAAAAAAUAUUGAAUAGAUACAUUACUAUUUUCAAUUGAGAAUUGAAUUGCAAUCUCAAACCUAUUUCUUAAUGUCAAAAGGAAUCAAUUAAUAGUUGCAAAUGAAGUUGAUUUGUGCACCACAAUUAAGGCAGUGUCUACCCAAAUCAAGAUACAUAAUACAAAUAAUCAAAAAGUUAUAAAUGAAACUACAGCAAUUGUAGAGAAGAAUCACAUACACUUUCUUAAG